UGUCAUCAAUAAUAAUAGUCUUUAUUGUGAAUUGAGAUACAUAAUAUAUUUAUAUAUCAUACACCUUUUUGACAAUACAAUUUAUAACAAGAGAACGGGUACUACAGAAAAACAAAAUAUAAACAAAAGAAAAAGAAAGCAAGCAAUUAUGGAAAUAAUUCUGUGAGUAAUUAAAAGUUAGACGAAAAGGCCAAUCAGCACUUCGUUUAUCUGAUAACACGUCUUUAAUGUUCUUUCGAAACAGUUUUAAAGAUGAUAAUGCAAAGAACUGUCUAUGCUAAUUAAAAGUUUUUGCCACAUUAUAGGUAAACCCCCGCUCGUAAAGAGCAGUUCUGUGUUGAGGCACAGUUAGCGAUAUUUAUAUUGUGGCUUUCACACCGAAAAACUAGCUUAUCUUUUAAAUAGGGAGGGCUAGAGACCUUUAAGAUCUUGUUCGCGCAACAAUAGCGCUAGUAAACUGGCCCCCUCCCCCCAACUUCCUCGCGCCGUGACUUUUGCUUUCGAGAGCGCAGAGUGGCCACUCGAUAAACACAAUACAACAACGCGGGCACCGCAUAAUACUUACUUAAGUAAGUAAGGAGGCAUUGUCGAGACGCGAGCACGUGUCAAAAGCUUCCCGGACGGCCGCCAUUGGUCGACCGGGAUCCCCCACAACUAGUUACACCUGAGCCACAGGUAGAGGGUGGUUGUGGCAUCCUCAGCAAUCUCGAUUCACUGGUUUCGUUAGUAGUUCGCUGACGCUCGCGGUAGUGCACGUUUUCAGAGGUGUUUUCCUUAUCUAUUUUCGUGUUGCCGCCCCUCCCCACCCCCGGCCGCGGCGACGGUGCAUGUUGGAUACUCCGUGUGCGAUAUUUUUGUGUCUGUUGUUACACUCCGUGUGCCGCACUGGAUUAUCCUCGUCUCAACCAAAUCGAUGAUCAUAAUGAAGUACAAAAACAAGGCGUGGCUGGUGCUACUGGCCAUAUGUCAGUGUUUCGUGGCAUCGUGUACUCAGCAGCAAGACGAAGAAAGCAGUUUGUGGUCGUUUUUGUCGAAAGCGAGGCCCAAAUCGAAAAUCGACAAAGACAAACUGCUGAUUCCUGACGAAAUAGUUCGUUUGUACGAGAGGCAGUCGGGGAUGCGAUUUUCCACGCUGUCCAUACCAAAGAGGGGUGCUCAAAUCAGCACCGCUAACACUGUUAGGUAUUUUGAACAUAUCGAAAGCCCGGUAGACCAGAGGUUUCCCAGCCACAAGAGGUUCCGGCUAAAAUUCGACGUGUCAGUGCCAAAAAACGAGGUAUUGAGGGCUGCCGAGAUUACCCUCAAACGUAACCCACUCGAAGACGGCAGGAGUAUAAGGAUCGUGGUGGAGGACAUUAUGAAACUUGGAAAGAAGGGAAAACAUGGCCCGAUCAAACGAAUAGUCGACAAUAAAUUCAUCAACAGUAGAGGAAACGCUAACGUGAAACUAGACAUAACGGACGCCGUUCAAAGGUGGCUGCAGAACCCGUCCGCGAACCACGGGGUCAUUGUCCACGUGUUGGGCACCAACCAAGAGCCUCACGUGCGAAUAAGGAGAUCUUUCAAGGACACCGACGACAGCUGGCAGCAAGUCCAGCCGAUUUUGUACUUGUUUACGGAUGAUAGGCAGCAGCAAGAUCGGGUUAAGGGUGCAGAUUUACUGCGUAGGAGGAGAAGGGGUACGAGGAAACAUUUGAGGAGGAAAGAAGACAACGCGCCCUGCAGCAGGCACGAGAUGUACGUCGAUUUCUCCGUAGUGGGCUGGAGCGAUUGGAUCGUGGCUCCGCCCGGCUACGACGCGUACUACUGCAGCGGCGAGUGCAACUUUCCGCUCGCGGAUCACUUGAACACCACCAACCACGCUAUAGUACAGACUUUGGUGAAUUCGGUGAACCCGUCGAAAGUGCCCAAACCGUGUUGCAUCCCCACUCAAAUGAACUCGAUUUCGAUGCUCUAUUUGGACGACGAAAACAAAGUGGUGUUGAAGAAUUACAAGGAAAUGGUGGUGAUAGGAUGCGGGUGUCGGUAGUGCCUUCGCCGUAUCCGAAUUUCGCUUGCUCCGUCUGUGAUCACUCGUUCUUGAACGUAUUCAGUGUAUUUUGUACCCCAUCCCCCGCCGGUGCUCACGCUCCGUACUACUUUGCUAGAGCAAAAGAAACUCCGAAACGCCCGCAUCUUAUUUUUUAAUAAUCCUUAUCUGUGAUUGUAGUCUUAGUUUUUUAGGUGUUAAGGUUUCUCCAUUCAGGUGCCUGACAUUUUGGUUACGUUUAUGGUCUCAUUGUAUUUUUCACCGUUCUGCCAUACGUCAAAUGGUUUGGCGACCAUAACAUUACCGAUAGAAUAUGUUAUACUUAGUUCAAUGUUAAAUCACACCUUGGUCCGUCGAAACUCACAUUUCCGCUAUUAUUUUCCUUUUUGCUCGUUACCAACAGUUUAUGUUUCGUGCUAGUCCUAACGCUUUUUCUGUACUACCGACAUUUUGCAGACGUUUCGACACAUUUCUGGGCAGAGUCUCUCUUGGUACUAAAACACUUUCAGCGUAAUGAUACAAUACCAAAUAACCAAACCAUAGGGGACGACCAAAGACGUUAUAUCAGAGGAGAUAUCGAAUUUGGUUGGUGAUUAUGGUAUUUUGUGCGAUUUGAGAGGUUUCUAAAUCUCAAUUCACCCAGUUACGAUCAUCUUAACCUCAAUUUUCAAUAAGCUUCAGCUAUUGCGGCAUCGCACGGCAUAAACAGGCGCUGAACAGUCCCAUGGACAGCUAAGCCUACCUUUGGAUACAAUAUGUUUGAUUUAAACCUAAUUUUUUUUUUUUUUGGUAACAGCUGGAUAUUGUAUUCAGAACCUUUAACAACUAUUCAUACCAAAGACGUUAUAUUCAAAAUACUAUCAGAGGACACGUCAUAUGUUUUCUAAUUGUUAUGCGAUUUAAGUGUUUUUUUCUCUAAAUAUUAAUUUAAACAGUUACGAUCAUCUAGACCUCAAUUUUUGAUAGAUAGGUAGUUUCAUCUAUCGCGACGUCGAAAAUAUAAACUGGAAGUUUUGACAAUUCUAAGCGCAGAACUUGAUUGGCUCAACCGAAGUAUGGAAAAAAAAACGAACUUUUCUUAAAUGUUUUUUUUUUCGGUGUCUCUUUUGGAAAUAAUGUCUUUGAUUCAACCCGAACUUUUGUUAAUAAAAUUGACUGUUUUGGCAACGAAACUAAAAAUACGUUAGUAAUUGCCAUAGCGAUGUUGCCGAGAUCGAUCUUGGUGUUAGACAUAAUUUAGUCGAUUGGGUUUUUUUCUUAGUGUGACGAAACACUACUACUGACUAAACUACAUACUGACGUCUUUAAGAGAGACGAACCAGACUCGUAAACAAUUUUUCAUACCAAAGACGUUCCAGGGGAGACUUCGGAUGCUUUGAAAUUUUUGUUCGAUUGUUUUAAAUCUUUAUUAAACCAGUUAACAUUAACCUAACCUAAAUUUUUGAUAGAUAAGCUAUACGUAUUGCGACGUUACACAGUACAAACUGGAAGUUUUGACAUUUCCAAGCGUUCCAAACAUGUCGAAACAAACUUUUCAUAAACGUUUGUUUGUGUUCGUGUGUCAUUUGGAUAUAAUCUCUUUGAUUCAACCAUACAGUUUCUUAAAAAAUACACCGUUUUGGCAUCGCUUGGGUGCAAUUUAAAAUUGCGUUAUUCAGCAGAGGUAUACUUGAUGUUAGACAUAAUUCAGUCGAAUGGAAUUUUUUUUCUUAGUGUGACGAAACACUUUCACUUACUUCUUUACGAUAGGCGAAUCAGACUUCUCACAAUUAUUCAUACCAAAGACCCUAUCUAAAAGACUAUCAGAGGAGAGGCUAGAUUCUUUGGAAUUUUUUUGCGAUUUAGGAAGUGUUCUCUUUCUACAUCUUAACUAAACCAACUAAGAUUAAUCUAACCUCAAUGUUUGAUAGAUAAGCGACACUUACCGUGACAUCGCACAGCAUAAACUGGAAGUUUUUAUAUUUCUAAGCACAAUCGAACCGUGGAAAGUCGAACGUAACUUUUCGUAAACGUAGGUUUGUGCUCGUGUCUCUUUUGAAUAUAAUGUCUUUGAUUCGACCAGAACUUUUGAUAAAAAAUAAACCUUUUUUUUCAACUAUUAGGAUAGUCCAAGCAGAGCCUUCUAAAAUUUCAUUAAUGAACAGAGGUUGUGUAAAACAAUCAGUUGCCGAGAUCGAUACUUGAUGUUGGUCAUAAUUUCGAUUUUUUUUUUAGUGUGACGGAAACAUUUCUUAUUUACUCAUUUCUUUAAGAAAGACGAGCCGAUGUUGUUGAUUGUUCAACUUUCGAGUUGUGUAGAUUUUUUUUUUAUUGUUACGUCGUAGUCAAUGUUAACCAACCGUGGCUGUUUCUGUUUCUAUCACGUGACCAGCGCGAACCUCCCUCCCUCGUGUGGUCGUCAGAGAGAUAUUAACUAUAUGAAAUUUCUAGAUUCUAUAAUAUGAAAGUCAUGUGUAAUAUAUAUCGUACCUGGAAGGAUAAGAGAUAUUUAUUUUAUUAUUUCCAUAGAGUUGUGCAUAUUGUACAUAAAAACUGUAUUGUCACUUUAUGUUUUUUUAAAGAGUGUAAGUUGUACAAAAUGUAUAUAUUAAAA